GGGGUAUUUUAACCCUCCCCAAUCCUCCUCACCCCCGCCGUAUUCAUCUAUUGAUUUCGUACAGUUUGCUCUCCAGUUGCUUAACGUCAGAUAGCUAUGGCUUCGCAGACAAUAGAGUAUAUAUGGAAGAUCGCUCGGCCCAAAAACGAAACUAUCGCUCGAGCGCUAAUGCAUGCUGCAUAUGAAACAGCUAUCCAAACAGACCCAAAUACCACCAGAGUCCUCAUUCGUUCCUACAUCCAUCCGUCAACUCGAACCAGGGGCAAAUAUGUCAAAGAUGAGCCGCAUAUCACAGUGGCUGUGAAAAACCCACAGCUAUCCCUAAAUAAGCAGCACCGGUCCAACCAUGGAUAUACUCCGCAUAUCCGUUCAUUCGAUGUGACGAGAGUUUCACCCGCCGACGGGCUUACAAAUGACGGUGCUAGAUCAGCAUGGCCAGAUUCAGUGGAAACAAAGGUCAAGGAAACUAUUGCUGGGCCACCUGCCGUCUUGGGACCGAAGAGCCAAUUUAUUACCUGGCCUUCUGAAGAGACGGGGGAAUAGGCUGGAAAGGUCUCUUUUUUAUCAGAAAUGCGAGCCAACCUUUCCGUCAUUGCCUAUCCACUUGCUAUGCAGAUCGCAAUAGGGCAAUAGCUGUCUGAAAAUCAAGUAACCGUGCCAUGCUUACUCACUCUCUGUAGUGAGUGCGCCACAGUGUACAGAAAACCACACUGUACAGAAAAUAUUUUCAAUAUCUUCAUUCUUCAUCUUCAAAUAAUUAUUA